ACAGGACGUGGCCUAAUCCUACGGCUGGGGGCCGACCGGCCGAAAAUUCGGCCGGCGCGCCGGCGCCUAGCAACGGCCUAUAGAUUAUAGAUGUGUAUUCCAGUUCAAAAAAAGAAAAGAUAGCCGGACUAAAAACCUUGCUUUAGCCAUGUUUCGGGCUGAAUCUGAAAAAGGGAAUUGUCACUCUUGAAGCCCAAAGGUCCUGGCCCAAUAUGGACGACGAGCCCAGCAUAACGCCUGGUAUAUCUGUCAUAAAAGAAAAGAAAAAAGAGUCCCUGGAGGUUUUAGAUCUCGCCGUCUCCCCUCUCCCCUCUCCGAGAACCCUAGUUUCCCUCUUCGGGCGGCGGCGGCAACCAUGGACAAGAGCAUGCUCGGCGACCUCGACAACCUCCCCGACGAGGACAAGAUGCGCAUGUCCGCCAUGAUCGAACAGCUCCAGAUGCGUGACAGUCUACGGAUGUACAAUGCGCUGGUGGAGACGUGCUUCAAGGACUGUGUUGACACGUUCCGGAGGAAGACGCUGGACAAGCAAGAGGAGUCAUGUGUCCGCCGCUGUGCCGAGAAGUUCCUGAAGCACUCCAUGAGGGUCGGCAUGCGAUUUGCUGAGCUUAACCAAGGCGUUGCCACACCCAACUAAUCAAAUGAUGUGUCCCUGCCCCUUCAAGUUUCUAACAUUGCCCAUCUGGUCAGGAUCAGUUUGUAAUCCUUGAAAGUUUUCAGUACUUCAUGAACCCACUGCUACUUAUCAUGUUAAAAAUAAAAUUACUUGAACUAUUGUAUCGAAUCCUUCCUCCCGUUUAAGUGCCACAUUGUGCUAAUAGAUCAAUAUAUAUCCUUCCUUUGA